AUGGCGCAACUGGACACGCUGGACAUUAUUGUCCUAGGUGUUCUUCUCCUAGGCACAAUUGCGUAUUUCACAAAGGGUACAUACUGGGGCGUGGCAAAGGAUCCAUACGCAAACAGCUAUGCCAAUGCCAAUGGAAAUAAACCAGGGAAGACGAGGAAUAUCGUGGAGAAGAUGGACGAAUCUGGCAAGAACUGCGUGGUCUUCUACGGUUCCCAAACAGGAACUGCAGAGGAUUACGCUUCGAGAUUGGCCAAAGAAGGCAAGAGCAGAUUUGGACUGGAGACCAUGGUGGCAGAUUUGGAAGACUACGAUUACGAGAAUCUUGACACCCUUCCAGAAGACAAGAUUGCCAUGUUCGUGCUUGCAACCUAUGGUGAAGGAGAGCCAACCGAUAACGCUGUUGACUUCUAUGAGUUCAUUACAGGCGAAGAUGCCUCAUUUUCGAAUGCCGCGGAUCCACCACUCGAAAAUCUGAAGUUUGUUGCUUUUGGUCUUGGAAAUAACACAUAUGAACAUUACAAUUCUAUGGUCCGAAAUGUUACAAAGGCGUUGGAGAAGCUGGGUGCAAAGCGAAUUGGGGCCGCUGGUGAGGGAGACGAUGGUGCUGGAACUAUGGAGGAAGACUUCUUAGCCUGGAAAGACCCGAUGUGGGCAGAUCUAGCUGAGAAGAUGGGCUUGGAUGAGCGUGAAGCUGUUUACGAGCCAACCUUUGCCAUUACCGAGAGGGAAGGCCUGACAAAAGACUCUCCAGAGGUCUAUCUUGGAGAGCCGAACAAGAUGCAUUUGGAGGGUACCGCAAAGGGUCCUUUCAAUGCCCAUAACCCUUACAUCGCACCAAUUGCCGAAUCUCGAGAGAUCUUUACCGUCAAGGACCGAAACUGCCUGCAUAUGGAAAUCGAUAUCAGCAAGUCCAACCUUAGCUAUCAAACUGGUGACCACAUUGCAGUCUGGCCUACAAACGCGGGUAAGGAGGUUGACCGGUUCCUUAAGGUUCUCGGUCUCGAGUCAAAGGCGGACUCUGUCAUCAGCGUCAAGGCACUUGACCCAACCGCCAAAGUACCAUUUCCAACACCAACCACCUACGAUGCCAUAAUUCGAUACCAUAUGGAAAUUUGCGCCCCUGUCUCUCGCCAAUUUAUUGCAACUUUAGCACCGUUUGCACCGACAGAGGAAGCGAAGGCUGAGAUGGCAAAGCUGGGUAGUGACAAGGACUAUUUUCACGAGAAGAUCAGCAACAAGUACUACAACAUCGCUCAAGCUCUCCAUUCCAUCUGUUCCUCAGAGCCUUGGACGGCCAUUCCCUUCUCGGCAUUCAUUGAAGGCGUCAACAAAGUCCAGCCAAGAUACUACUCAAUCUCUUCCUCAUCACUUGUUCAGAAGACCAAGAUCUCCAUUACCGCUGUUGUUGAGUCACUGGAGAUCCCAGGUCGAGAUGACGCCCUCAAAGGUGUUACUACGAACUACCUCCUUGCUCUCAAGCAAAAGCAACAUGGUGAUCCACAGCCAGAUCCUCAUGGACUCACAUACAACAUCACUGGACCAAGAAACAAGUACGAUGGUAUCCAUGUGCCUGUCCACGUUCGGCACUCCAAUUUCAAACUUCCUUCCGAUCCGUCAAAGCCAAUCAUCAUGGUAGGGCCAGGAACGGGUGUAGCGCCAUUCAGAGCAUUCGUCCAAGAACGAGCUGCACAAGCCAAGGCUGGAGAGAACGUUGGGAAGACCAUGCUCUUCUUCGGCUGCAGAAAGCAAACAGAAGAUUUCCUGUACUCUUCGGAAUGGGAGGAAUACAAGAAAGCGCUUGGCGAUAAGUUCUCUCUGAUCACAGCCUUCUCUCGUGAAGGUCCAAAGAAGGUCUACGUCCAACAUAGAUUACAAGAGCACGCCAAGGAAGUCAACGAGCUGCUUCUGCAGAAGGCGUACUUCUACGUCUGCGGUGAUGCGGCUAACAUGGCACGUGAGGUCAAUACUGUGCUAGGCAAGAUCAUGGCUGAGCAACGAGGGAUCCCUGAAUCCAAGGCCGAAGAGAUUGUCAAGGGUAUGCGUUCUGCAAACCAAUAUCAGGAAGAUGUCUGGUCAUAA